AGGCAUGGUUGUGUGAUGUGCUUAGUCCAGACAUAGUAUAGGGUAUACAGACCCAGCCCUGAUGGAAACUGCAAAGAGUUUGCUUUGGGGGCAGAAGGAGAAGGUUCCAAGUGAAGUGAAAUUCCUUGGAUCCCAGGCCUCGCUUCUUGAUGGCUCACUUUUCAGCCUUCUGAAAACAUUGGCCUUGGAUCACCUGAAAGAGAGUCGUCUUAUUCACCCGCAUGAAUGGGAAAUCUUGACCCAGAGGCAUCCUGACCUUCCACUCCCUGAAAUUUAUGCAGGAAUGCUGAGUCUGCUUAGGCAUAUUUUGAGAAUGAAGCCACAGAAGAUCAAAACUUCUGAGUUCCAAGAACAGAUGUUUGCUCUUGGAUUUUCUGAGAAUCAUGUUCAAGAUCUCACAGAGUUGGUGUAUGGAAAUUCUCGAGGCAAAACUAGGGAUUUGUUGGUGAGAGCCCAGCCUGGAGUACCAAAGCUCACGGGUAUGGAGUGGAACUUAAAUGCUGUGAUAUCCAAUAGUUAUGUAUCCAGAGUUUUGGAACCAACCUUCCAGGUGCAGAUGAGACUAUCAACUGGAACUGUGCAUUCCUUUGAAAUGCAUGCUACCCAGUUUCAUCAUUUGAGACACACUGCUCAGGUGAAGCGAUUUGACACGAGUCUGCAAGCUCCUAAAAGAUCAUCUAAACAGAAGGUGAGCAAAGAUGCCAUCAAGAAAGUCCUGCAGAAGAAAGAGAUUGAGGAAAGGAAGAAGCAGUCAGAAGAAAGGAAGAAGAAGGAGGAACUAUUGUCGCUUCGUGACAAGAAUAAAGACUCAAAGAACAGGGUCUCUAAAAUGCUGAGGCUAACGAAGUCAUCUAACAAGUCAGUGCUGGAAGAUGCCUGCAAUGAUAAGGACACAGCUGUAACAUUAGCAGGUCCACUGCAGCCAGAUGAGGAUGAUUAUGGCUAUACAUCCAGGGAAUCAUCAGCUAUGUAUGAAAAGCUCUUGGCCAAGUACAAUUCAGCCCCUGAUGGGGGAAUCAUUUCCAAGUCUGUCAAGAAAACUGCAAAAGACAUUGAUGCGACCAAGGCAAGAGUGAAAGAAGCUUUGAAAGAAGAAAUUCAUGGCAGUCGAAAGGCAAGGUCCUCCAAAAAGAAGAUUGAGGAUGACAGUGAUGGCCCAGAAGAGGAGUGGGAGAAGAAAGGGGAAAAGGAAAAACCAAAGCAAAAGCCAAAGCCUCCAGCUCCCCCUCCAAUGAGUUUCAGGGACCUUCUCAAGAUUGCUGAGACCAAACAACAUGAGCCAGUUGUUGUUGAGAAGAAGGUGGAGGAGGUGAAAGAGUGUGAAUUUGACCGUCCCAUGACUGCCCGUGAGAAGGAAGACUAUGUGAGGGAGAUGAACAGAAAACUGCAGCAGGAAGGGAAGCCACGUCUGCGAGACCCCUUGCCUGCAAAGCAGCGAGGGCCUGGCUAUUAUAAAAACUUCAAAGAAAAGUCAACAUUAAAAAAAAGUGCUGAUCCUGAGGGAAAAGUUCAGAAUGGAGGACAAGGCUCAAAACCUCAGACAAGUCAAAUGGGCAGGAUAGAAGAUGAAAAGAGAAAAGAACAUUCCAAAAAGAUUAUGGAAGAGGAGGAGGAAGAAGCAGAAGAACAAAAGGAGAAAAUCUCAAGCAGGCCAGAAAAGCAAAGACCUCAGCCACCAUGCAAGCAAAAGCCUUCACUCCAACCUCCCAUCCCCCCUUCCAUCCAGAGGAAGAAACCUCUCUCACCUCCUCCUGUUCAGAGAAAGAAGUUACCUGUAUCUCCUACUUCUGUGAAAAAAUUGCCAGCACCUCCUUUGCAUAGAGAGAAACAAAUUCCACCUCCUCUACCUACACAAAGGCAGAAACUUCAAGUUUCAUCUGGAAACUCAUCUCUGAAGAGAAGACCACAGUCACCACCUCCAGCACGUUCAGCACCUCCUGAAAAGAAGAUUAUACGAGCACUUCCAAAGAAAGGUCGCAUUGAAAGUGAUGAAGAGGAUGAAGAUCUGUCUGACUUCAUUGAUGAUGGACCUGAAGAGGAGGAAGACUACUCAAAGCAUAUCAGAGAAAUAUUUGGUUAUGAUAAGAGGAGAUAUACGAGUCGACGAGUGGAGGAUUCAGAUUCUGAUGAGUGUAUGGAAUCAAACUUUCAUGAUGUGAUGCGUGAAGAAAUUCAUUCAACCAAGAUGGGAAUUUUGGAAGACUUGGCUGACAUCCGUAGGGAGAAGAAGCUCAAACAACUCAAGAAAAGAAACAUUGGGAGUACAAGUGCACCACAUUACAUGCGAGUGUGCAAGCAAGCAUGCCUGGCAACAAUGGAACAAUUGAGGCAGGGAAUGAGUGCUGUGGAUGCAGUUAGCCUUGCUGUAUCCAUUUUAGAAGACUGCCCUCAUACAAAUGCUGGGAUUGGUUCUAAUCUCACCCUAGAUGGGAAAAUUGAAUGUGAUGCAAGUCUGAUGGAGAGCGAGCGAGGAGCUGUGGGAAUUGUUGGCUCUGUAUCACACAUUAGGAAUCCUAUCAGCAUACCCAGAUUGAUGGUUCAGGAUCAGUUUGGGCCUCCAUUGCCACUGAAUCGAUUGAAACCGCUUAUCUUAGUUGGGAAGGAAGCAGAAAAGUGGGCUAAAAAGCGUGGGAUUCCUCUUGUCUCCCAGGAAUCAAUGAUCACAAAGAAGGCCCAGCAUUUGUUUAAUGUCUGUCACAAAAGCCUGUCCACAGUGCUUGAGAAGGAUCACACAGUUCCAUUUCCUGUAGAAGAAGUGCAAGAUACAGUGGGUGCCAUUGCAUUUGAUUCUUCUGGCACCAUUGCAUCAGGUGUUUCAAGUGGGGGUUUGGUAUUGAAGCAACCAGGAAGAGUGGGACAAGCUGGAUCAUUUGGGUCUGGCUGUUGGGCUGAGAAAUUUUCCAAAGAAAAAAUCUGUGUAGGGACUAGCACCUCAGGCAGUGGAGAAUAUCUUCUCAAGACUCUCAUUGCGCAGAAGGGGGCUGAGUGCAUUGCCCAAACACCUCUAGCUAUGGUUGGUCUCUCAAAAGCCCUCAACACACAUUUCUUGCAAUCCAAGUUCCUGCAACAUGUCCCAGAGAAGGAUCGACUUGGUGGAAUGAUGGCAUUGAAAACUGAUGAAGAGAAUGCAAGCCUUGAUGUUGUGUGGGGUCAUACAACGCUAACUAUGGGCAUAGGAUACAUGUCCUCCAAUGACAGAAAACCUAAUGCUCGAAUCUCAAAAUUGCCUCAUGGAAUCAUACAGGGUCAUGCUGUGUAUUGUUUGGAUAUGGACACACACACUCCUCAAAAAAGAGAACGAAAGAAAACUCGAAGUUCAUUGACUCCAAAGUCAGAGAAAAAGUGUCAGUUGAUGCAAUGUGUUUCAUGCCAUGUGAUUCUCUUACCAAUUGACAAACUCAAGCAUUCCUGUAAUAAAAGUGGAGUCUUUGAAUAUGGUUUUAUCAAGGAUUCCAUCCAGUAUGGGCCAUCCAAAGAAAUCACACUCCCUGAAUAUUGGACAGGAGAGGGUAACAUGGUGGUGUACUUGAACCCAGCCUCCAUGCAUGUCCUUGGCUGUGGUGUUGGUGAUCUUGUUACAGUCAAGAAUCUUUCAAAUAGCCAUGGUUUCACAGCAGUUGUCACAGUCCUUCCCAACAAAGAGAUUCCUGUUCUUACUUUAGGUGCAUCACAUGAAGCAUCUCUGAGUUUGGAGAUUGAGGGAGAGAGAGCCUGGGUUGCAGUGCAAAAAUGCACAUUUCCUGUGAUACCAGCUGCAGUCUUGGAGUUAAAACUCUUAACAUCUCCAUGCCCCCCAGAAGUAUCCCAUUCUCAGCAUCUUUCACCUUAUGUGAAGCAGUUUUGUGAAGGCAUGGUACUCUCCCAUGGACGUAUCAUUCAUGUGUCCUAUUUUGGCUGGAUGCUCAGCUUUCAAGUCAUAUCAGUAGAGCCUCUGAAAUUUAACUCUGAUGUGGAUGACUUGGAUUUCUCAAAGUUGAAGUUGAAUGAAGAUGUGCCAACAGUCCUAGAAGGAAGUGACAGUACUUAUCCACUGUCUGAUCCAAGUGAUACAUCCAGUGUCAUGUUUCGUGUCAUGCAGAAGACAUUGUUUGUUAUCAAGACUAAGAAUGGAGAUGAAGGACACGGAGGGCCCCUGUGGCCUCGACUAUUUGACAUUGGUGCUCUGGAUUCUCAGAUUCAAGACAUACUCACUACUCUUUCAUUCACUCUGGAUGGCUCUUCUCUUCCAGGUACUCUUGGUUUGAUGACAGGUAUCCUCAUCUAUGGUCCUAUGGGAACAGGAAAAUCCAUGGUAGGAAGAGCCUUGGAAAAUGAAGGGAAAUAUCCUGUCAUUUACAUACUAGGUCCAGAGAUAUUUAGCAAGUUCUUUGGGGAAACAGAGGAGAACUUGAAGAAGAAAUUUGCCCAGGCUGAAGCAAAGGCUCCAAGCAUUGUGUUCAUUGAUGAAGUAGAAGCCAUGUGUCCCAAGCGUGAAGGGGGAAGUGGUAGUGAUCAAGAAAGACGGGUCACAGCCAUGUUACUUUCCAUCUUGGAUGGCUUGAGGGGGCAAAAGAGAUGUGUUUUUGUCAUUGGAACAUCCAAUAAACCUCAACUUAUUGAUCCUGCUCUGAGACGCCCUGGGCGACUGGAGAAAGAGAUUGAAUUUCCUAUCCCUUCAGUCAAAGGCAGGCUUGAGAUAUUUGGAAAAUCAGCAGCCAGACUUCAUCUGCAUUUGAGUGAGGACUUGUUGUUGACCGUGGCCAAGAACACUCAUGGUUAUGUUGGGGCUGAUCUCAUGGCACUGUGUAGCCAGGUUCAUGCCCUCAUGCAGAAAUCUCCUGGUGUUGAGAUCACAUGGUGUCACUUCCAAGAUCUCCUAAAGAAGCUGAAACCCAGUGCUAUGAAAGAAAUCUGUGUCGAAGUCCCAGAAGUCCAUUGGUCAGAUAUAGGAGGGAUGAAGGACCUGAAACUGAAGCUGGAGCAGAGUGUGAGCUGGCCAUUACUUCACCCAGAAGCCUUCACACGUCUAGGGAUCACCCCACCUAAAGGAAUCCUCAUGUAUGGUCCCCCAGGCUGUUCCAAAACCCUCAUUGCCAAAGCUCUUGCUACUGAAACUCAUCUCAAUUUCAUUGCUGUUCGAGGACCAGAGUUGUUUAGCAAAUGGGUAGGAGAAUCAGAGCAGGCAGUGAGAGAGGUGUUUCGAAAGGCACGCCAAGCAUCUCCUUCAAUCAUCUUCUUUGAUGAAAUUGAUGCCUUAGCUGCCCCAAGAGGGAACUCAAGCGGGGCAUCAAAUGUCCAUGAAAGAGUCCUUGCUCAACUCCUCACUGAGAUGGAUGGCAUUGAGGUGUUAAAAGAUGUCUUUGUCCUUGCGGCCACCAACCGACCUGACCUGGUUGACCAGGCUUUACUCCGCCCAGGACGUCUUGAUCGGAUCGUGUAUGUUCCACUUCCUGAUGCCAACACCAGACAUGAGAUCUUUGCCAUCCACCUGCGAAACACACCAACUGCACAAGAUGUCAACAUCAAUGAACUUGUGGCACUCACAGAGGGAUACUCUGGAGCUGAGGUGGCAGCAACGUGUCAUGAGGCAGCCUUACAGGCCUUGGAGGAAUCAAUUGAUAGCCAAGAGGUGUCAUGGUCUCACUUCAAAAGGGCUCUGAGCAUUGUCAAGUGUCAAAUCAGGGCAGAUUAUCUGAAGAUAUAUGAGGAGUAUCAAAAGAAGCACAAGGACUUGAUGUGAUGCCUGUUUAUUUUUAUUUUGUUAAUUGCACAGAGGACAAUGAAGUGCAGUUCAAGGAUGCAUCAUUGUUUGAAUUUGAUAGUUUUCAAGGUAUUUCUUGAAACUCAAUGCCUCUUUAAAAACUAUCAAAA